AUGUCGGAAUGCAAACGAUUGAUUGUCAACAUAACACCGUCUUCGGUGUUGCUGAAUGAUGCACAAAGUGGUAGUGUGCUUGACAUCAGUAGAAGAUGCAAACCUGGCAAAUGCUGGGAUCUGAAUGCACAUGGAGUUUAUGGAAUGAUUACUAUUGGCAAGUGCAUGUAUCUUGUUCUUAUUGUUGAUGGAAUACAUGUUGGAAAGAUGUAUGAGCACGCAGUGCAUGAGAUUAGGAAAGUGGAGAUUGUGCAGAUGAAGGGAGAAGAAAAGCACGAUCGUGAAAUAAUCAAUGUGAAGAAGAUUCUUGAGAACGCAGGGAUAUACUACAGUGAGUAUCCAUUGUACAAAAGUAAAAGCAUCCAGAAUAGUGAUGAUGACUUUCUUUUUAAUCUAAUGCCAAGAAAAGCCUUUCUUGAGUACAUCGAGAACGAUGGAGAUGAUUGCGAUGUAUUUUUAGUUUCAUGUAUUCAAGGGGGUUUUGGAGCUGAGAAUUAUCAGAACCUGUGCAUGAGAUUGGUUUCAAGAAGGUCACAACGACGUAUAGGCACAAGAUAUUUCAGUCGAGGAGCAGAUGCACAAGGAUAUGUGUCGAAUCACGUCGAAACUGAACAAUUUGUGUAUGAUGGCGAGAAGACAACGUCGUAUAUGCAAGUACGAGGUUCAAUUCCUCUCUUAUGGCAGCAUGAGGUUGGUUAUAGAUAUAACCCAAAAAUUGUAGUUAAGGAUGAGAAGGUGUUUGCUAUAGCAGAUGAUGCUUUUGUAAAGAAAUACGGUGAUGUGCUGUACCUGAACCUAAUAAGGCAUUCUGGAUACGAAGGGUUAUUACAUGAUGCAUAUAAAAGACAGCUUACAGCAAACAGCAAAAAGGCAGUGCAUUUCAACUUUUCUGAAGAAGGGAGAGAGUUAACAGAAGUGUUCCGACAAAAGAUUAUUCAGGCAGUCAAUAAAACACUCAGUAAGCAGGGAUAUUUUGACUCUAAAGAAGCUCAGAAAGGAAUAAUACGCACGAACUGCAUUGAUUGUUUAGACAGGACGAAUGUGGCUCAGUUUGUUAUUGGAAGUGAAGUUUUAGGAAAGCAGCUCUCAGAGUUUGAAUGUGAAGGCAAAGAUAUGCUGCGCAAGAAGUAUAAUGAGAUGUGGAUUCAAAACGGACACAGUCUGUCACGCCAAUAUGCAGGAUCAUCAGCACUGAAGAGCCAUUUUUUGCGUGGAAAUACAAGAAAGAUCACUAACAAGCUAUUUGAUAUGUCAAGAUCGUUGAGAAGAUACGUUGUAAACAGGUUCGGUGACCGAGGAAGACACAUUGCAUAUCAUAUCAUCACUGGUGAUUGUAGUAAAGCUGGAAUAACAACACCGAGUAAUAUAGUGAUGAAGGCCAAGCUGUUUGUUGGGAUUCAGUUGAUAGUUGUGUUGUUGAUAUUAUUCAUAUAA